AUGUCAGUCCAAGAACUAUUCGUAGAUGGAGAAAGACUCACAGGGGGAGCAGCGCGAGAGAGGAAUCUAUCGGCUGUCUUAUCAAUAGCCAAUACGGUGCGGUCUUCCUACGGGCCAAAUGGCCUCGACAAGAUGAUCAUAAGCAAAAUAGGGGAUGUGUCCAUUACAAACGAUGGAGCAACCAUCCUUUCUUCCCUGCAGAGUACUGACUCAGCUGCAAGGAUACUCAUAGACCUCGCAGUGCAGCAGGACGAAGAGGUGGGAGACGGAACAACAAGUGUGGUGCUUCUUGCGAGCGCACUGAUAGAGUACGGGAUAGGAUUGAUAGAUGAAGGCGUGCAUCCAUCUAUUGUCGUAUCAGGGUACAAGACAGCAUUUAAGCACUCAGUAGGAUUUAUAAAGAGCACUCUUACGAAGACCCUGAAGAGCGUUGGAUACUCUGAUCUCCUGAAGAUAUGCGAGAGCACAAUAUCCAGCAAAGUCAUCAGAUGCAGCACAAAGCUCUUCAGCUCAAUAAUAGUAGAUGCUGUCCUAGCCAUUAAGACAAUAGAGCUGGACAAGAGCACAACGUACCCCAUAGAGCAGGUGAACAUCCUCAAGAAGCAGGGAAGGAGUAUGGAUGAAAGCAUAUUUGUAUCUGGGUAUGCCAUUAACUGUGUGCCGUGCAGCAAUCUAAUGCCGCAGAGAAUCAACAAGGCUCGCAUUGUAUGUCUGGACAUGGACCUGCAGCAGAUGAAAAUGGGCCUAUCAGUUAAAAUAACGGCUGAUACACCGGAUGACCUGGAGGAGAUAAGAAACAAAGAAGUAACCAACUCGCACGAUAAGAUAAGAAGACUCUUGAAACAGGGCGCCAAUGUCGUAUUCACCACCAAGGGAAUCAGCGAUGGGUGCAGCAAGCUGCUAAUUGAAGCAGGCGCGCUCGGCGUAAGAAGAUGCAAGAGAGACGAUCUCGAAAGAAUUGCACUUAUUACAGGAACAAAAGUCUACACUUCAUUUGACGACAUCACAGGGGACGAGUUUGUUCCUGUUUUGGGCACUGCUGAAAGCGUCCACGUGGAGGUGCUCGGAGAAGAGAAGUGCAUGGUGAUAAGCACGCCUAAGGGCAUGGGGGCGUCUAUUAUCCUCAGAGGAGCCAACGAGCAAAUACUGGAUGAAAUGGAGAGGAGUGUGCACGAUGGCCUGUGCGCCCUCAAGAGAACCCUUGAGAGCAAGUCAGUGGUGACAGGAGGAGGAGCAUUUGAGGCAGCCCUUGGGACGUACAUCUACAACUUUGGCCUCUCCUUUGGAACCAAUGAGCAGGUUGUAAUACAGAAGUUUGGUGAUGCUUUGCUGCGCAUUCCAAAGACUCUUCUGGUGAAUGCAGCACUGGACCCAAAUGAAGUGUACGCUAAGCUGCUGGCAGAGCACGAAGCAUGCAACUGGGACACGGGCCUAGACCUGGAAAUGGGAGCAGUCAGGAACAACUUCAAGGCUGGCGUGCUGGAGCCUCUGGACACGAAACUAAAGGCGCUCAGAGCCGCGACAGAGGCAGCCAUCAGCAUAUUAAGAAUCGACGAGGUGAUUGUCCUGGCAGAAGAUGAGCCUGUGAAGAAGUAG